AUGCACGCAUUGACUUUGCUCAUAGGGCUCACCUCCUUGGUGUUGCCCUCGACUGCUCUUCCUCAUAACACCCGGAGAGCUGCAGAUUACAAAAUCCCCGACCAUUGCUAUCCCAAUCCCUGUGCCGGAAUCACUUCCCAAAAUGACACCUACGUUUGUGGUGACCCACGCUUGGGACCUGUUCAGGCACCCAAGAAGUUUCCUCUAGACAAUGAGCUCCAAAGCUACGAGCGCUUUGGUGCUUUGUGUCCCGCGGCAUUCCUCGAGAAAUGGGCUGGAUCGACCGAUUCCAGUGCUUCAUACAAAUACCCGCCCGCCAAUGGCUUCGUUGUCAACACUGCUGGGGCCCCGAUCAUUGGCAAUGCCACGCUGUCUGUGGGCCAGAAGGUCGAUCGCUUCGGUUCUGAGUAUGGCAAGUUCCUGGCACCGCUAGGCGCACCUUAUAUCCAGCGCGCACUACCACCAAGCAACUUGGAUACCUACGAUGGCGAUCACCCGUUCAACUAUUACGUUUACCAAGUGACAAAGAGCUUUGAUGUUGGUAUGGGGCCGAUUGCGCCAUGGUUUGAGCAGCCGGGUAUGGGUACUCAAUUUGUGACUUAUUCCAACGUCAAGGACCUCUUGGCGGGAGGUUAUCUGCGUCGCUUAACACCAGAGGAGUAUGAUGAGCCGCGAGAAUUCUCAGACGAUUAUACACCCAGCCCAGCUAGGGUCAAGCGUCACUGA